UUUCUCACCGAUUGAAGAGUGAGAAGACCCAAAACCCUAGCUUGCGCUCGAAUCCCCCGCCGGAGAACGGUGCUGUCGCUCGACGCCGGCUGCGAUAUUCGACGCCGGCUGCGAUAUUCGUCGCCGGACUAGGGUUUAGAAGUUCUUCUCCACUUCGUGGUCCUUGGCAGUUGCAGCGCCACAAUGGUUCGAAGUCUCAAGAACCCUAAGAAGCUCAAGAGAAAGAACAAGAGUUCGAAGAAAGGUGAGUCAUCUUCAGUGCCCUCUGCUCCAGCAAAGGUUUGGCGGCCGGGAGUGGAUCAAUUGGAGGAAGGGGAGGAGCUUCAAUGUGAUCCGUCAGCAUAUAAUUAUCUGCAUGCUUUCAGUAUCGGCUGGCCGUGUUUGAGUUUUGAUGUCGUCCAUGAUUCUUUGGGAUUGAUCCGCACUGAGUUUCCGCAUACGUUGUAUGGAGUUGCAGGCACACAGGCUGAGCAAGCAUCUUGGAACUAUAUAGCACUUUUUAAACUCUCCAAUGUUUCUGGGAAAAAACGUGAAUUGAUGCCUGUGGCUGGUGAUGGUGACGAGGAGAUGGAUAGUGAUAGCAGCAGUGAUGAAGAUGAGGAGGAUGGGGAUGGUGGAGACAAACAACCUGUGUUGCAAUUGCACAAGGUAGCUCAUCAAGGAUGUGUAAACCGCAUACGCUCAAUGGCCCAAAAACCUCAUAUAUGUGCUACAUGGGCUGAUACUGGCCAUGUUCAGGUGUGGGACUUCACUUCUGCUCUAAAUAGUCUGGCAGAAUCUGAAGCAGAUGUCAGAACAGGAGAUAAUAGCAUACAUCUAGGAUCUACAUUAAUGAAGUUUGGGGGGCACAAAAAUGAAGGCUAUGCAAUUGACUGGAGCCCUAUUGUUCCUGGAAGACUUGUAUCUGGCGACUGCAAUAGUUGUAUUCACCUGUGGGAACCAUCAUUGGAGACAUGGAAGGUGAAUACUACUCCUUUUGUUGGACAUGAUGCUAGUGUGGAAGAUCUUCAGUGGAGUCCAACUGAAGCUGAUGUCUUUGCCUCUUGUUCAGUAGAUGGAAAGAUUGCCAUAUGGGAUUCCCGUCUGGGGAACAAACCAGCACUUUCUAUCAAGGCACAUAACACUGAUGUCAAUGUAAUAUCAUGGAAUCGACUGGCUAGCUGCAUGAUAGCCUCUGGAAGUGAUGAUGGUACCUUCUCUAUUCGUGAUCUUAGGUUAAUCAAGGGGGAAUCACUCGUCGCUCACUUUGAGUAUCACAAGCUCCCUAUCACCUCUAUAGAAUGGAGUCCUCAUGAAGCAUCCACUAUCGCUGUUUCUUCCGCUGAUAAUCAGCUAACAAUAUGGGACCUUUCAUUGGAAAGAGACGAGGAGGAAGAGGCCGAAUUUAAAGCCAAGAUGAAAGAGCAAGUGAAUGCACCAGAAGACUUGCCACCCCAGCUCCUUUUUGUUCAUCAGGGUCAGAAGGAUCUGAAGGAAUUGCAUUGGCAUAAACAGAUUCCGGGGAUGCUCAUAUCAACUGCGGCGGACGGCUUUAAUGUUCUGAUGCCUUCAAAUGUUGAGACCACUCUACCGUCUACUACUUCUUAAGUAAUUGUUUUCCCACCAUGAAUCACAAGCUUUUUGUUACUUCUAAUAGCUCUCAAGUUUUGUUUUUAGUUUUAUUUAUCUUCGGUGCAUCAAUUGUAAUAUGUAAAGGAAUACGGUUUUCGCUCGACUGUAAUCAAUUUGUUGACCAUGACAACUUUUGCAUCUGAGGAAGUUUUGCUUCUGGAGAAUAUGUAUGUGCUUGAAACUUAGGUUGUAUUCUGUUCUUUUGGCUGAA